AUGAAGAUUGGAUCAAUUGAACGACUUCGGCGAGCAAUGCGUUCGGGCAACCUAGAUCCACUUCACCUCUGUAUGUUCUUACGGAACCGGAUCAAAGCUGAUUGCUCCGCCAGUGCUAAGAAUUUAUUUGCGUCUGAUCUCAAUUUACCGUCUAUGAAUUCUGUAAUUAGUCAAAUUACUGAUCUACCUCAGAAUCGUACUCAUGGCCCCCUUUCAGGGAUACCAUUUUUGGCCAAAGACAAUUUUUGUCUUAAAGAUGCUAUUCCCACUACUUGUGCUUCAAAGUCCCUUCAUAAUUUCUUAUCCCCUUACAAUGCCUCAGUUAUUCAAGCUCUCUUAGAUGCGGGUGGUAUAUGCCUAGGAAAGACCAAUAUGGAUGAAUUCGCUAUGGGUUCGGGGUCAAUAGAGAAUCCCCUUAGUGGGCCUGUAGUGAAUCCCUGGUCUUCUAAGUGGGAUGCUCGUAUAGCAGGAGGUAGCUCAGGAGGAAGUGCUGCUGCUGUUGCCGGGGGUCUCGCACCAUUUGCCCUAGCGUCAGACACUGGUGGUUCAGUCCGAAAUCCUGCCUCAUUGUGUGGAGUGGUGGGCUUUAAGCCAACUUAUGGGCUAGUUUCAAGGCUAGGAAUGAUCCCGUUGGCAAAUAUUUUUGAUUGUCCCUCAAUUGUAGCUGCUAGAGUUGCUGAUGUAGAGGAGGUCCUUUCCGUCUGGCUUCAAACGGAUAGUGCAGCCAGGAAACUAGACGCAACUCUGGCGAGAAUACAAAAUCGUUCCUCACCCCAAUCUCCACGAAUCGGAAUACCGAGGGAGUAUUAUGCUCCUGGAAUGGUGGUAGAAGUUGUGGGGAUUUGGGAAGAGGUUGCUCGGUGGCUGGCGGAUGAUUUUAAGAUGAAUGUGAAGUGUGUUAGUCUUCCGCAUACACCAGUGGCUACUGCCGUUUAUUCAGUGCUUUGUGCUGUUGAAGUGGCCUCCAAUAUGGCUCGGUAA